AUGGACCUCUUUGAGACCGCCACUUCCCAAAUCAUCCACCACCCUGAGUACAACUCGACCCUCAUCCUCCGCUCCGAAGUCGUCGCCGAGCACGCCCCUCCGUUCCCGCCUGCGCUGCCCGUACCGGCGCUGGACGGUUACGCUGCAGCGAAAGCGGUCCAUCGCAAGCUGUUGCCCCGAAGGCCCGGGCGGGAUGCGGGCCUGGAGCAAUUGUGCACUAUGUACGCGCUGGAUCUGGACCCAGGCGCCCCGGGAGGCCCGCAGCACGGUGAGCAGAUAUCGGUGCUAGUCCUUUCGCCCCUCCUCGCACCCGGCACCUCGCUCCCGUACUACCACCCCGCCGUGUCGCACCUCGCCUUCCGCUACAUCCCGUCCCCCUCCCCACCAGGAUCGCAUGGUCUGCUCUCAAUCGAAGUCGUCCCCCUCGCUUCCCCUUCCCCUCCACCAGAUAUCGCGCUCAACAGCAGACUGUACCGCACGUGCCUUGCGCUGCUCGAUACGCUGCAUCGCUACGGCUGGGGCGCGCUGAGUAACUACAAAAAGCGCAUGGCGCAUGACAGGAUUGUGCCGAGAGAGGCGUACCAGGACCUCUACCUCGUGAUGAGGGAAAGACACAAGUGGCGCGUGGACGAGUGGUGCGAGGGCACGGAUCCGCUGAAGCAUGUCUUCGAGGAUAUUGGUAUUGCGACGUAUUUGAUGCUGUUGUGGAAAGACACGUUUGCGUCUGCCACAGCUCCGACCGAGAAUGUGGAGAAGGUGAAUGUGGAAACCUUCAACCCUUUUGAUCAUCAACUCACUCUAUUCACUUCCAUCAGCUGCGGGAACGGGCUUCUCGUGCACAUCCUCACAGCCGAGGGCUACGCCGGCCACGGCGUCGACGUGCGCGCGCGCCUCUCCUGGUCGCACUACCCCCCCGCGACGCGCGCCGCGCUGCACGUGCACGCGCUCGACCCCACCUCCCCGGCGCGCGACCCGUACCUCGCCCCCGGCGUCUUCCUCAUCGGCAACCACGCAGACGAGCUGUCGCCCUGGGUGCCCGUGCUCGCCGCCCUCAGCGGCGCGGCGGGGUACCUCAGCAUCCCGUGCUGCGCGUGGGCGUUCGACGCGCGCUUCACGCGGUCGGCGGCGAAGGCGGCGCUGUUCCCGGUGCCGGCGCACGAUUCGCGGUUCGCGGAGGAGUUGGGGCUCGGCGCGGACGGGAAUAAUACGAGCGCGUACGCGGCGUACCGGAUUUGGCUCGCGGCGCUGAGUGCGUGGUGUGGGUGGGAGGUGGAGUGCGAUGCGCUGAGGAUACCGAGCACGCGAAAUUGGGCGAUUGUAGGCAGGCGGAAAGGUGGUGAGGGGGAGGGCGUGGAGAAUGCGAGGAGGAUUGUAGAUGAAGUGAGGAAUAGAGCGGUGUUUAAGACUAGACGGCCGGAGGGCAAAGCUGGAGAUCAUUAG